UGUUUUGACUUUAUGAUCAAGUCACCAGUUGUUGAGGUUAGAUUUUCUUUCAACAAGCAAGACAAAGACACUCAAAACAACGUGUUCUCUGACUUAAUUGCUUUUGAUUAGUUUAUUGAAAUAUAUUUAAUUGCUGUAUUUGAUUUGCAGAUUUCAAAGUUUAAACAAUGCCAAAAAUUCAUAAAGUACGUAGACGACAACGGUUUAGGUAUGGAGCUAACAGAAAACGUGCAAAUAAACGAACCGUCAAGGGUCCAACCAUACAAUGUGAAAUAUUGAAGGAAGAAUGGAAUAAGCAUGCAUCUGUGAUAAACAACUUCAAAAAUAUGGGCUUGGCUUUCAAUCCAAAUUUAGCCGUCGGAAUUCCCAAAAACAGAGUUCUACCUGCAUCAAGAGAGAAAGACGAGAAGCAGGAUAAAGUGCAAAAGGAACAGAGAAAGGCACACAAAGGACAUGUAAUGAAGGAAUUGGAGGAGGACGCGAAUGCCCCAAGAGAGAGAAAGUUUCGACUGCCUAAUAGCACGGUACAACAGCUGACCUAUUAUCUGGACAAAUAUGGAGAGGACUAUAAGGCUAUGGCAAAAGACCCCAAAAACUACUACCAAGAGACGUGGAAACAGCUGAGGGCAAAAGUGAAACAAUUCAAGGGUGUUCCAGAACAGUUUGAGAAAUAUUUAGCUGAAAGAGCAAAAAAGAUGGAGGUUGAUAGUUAGUUGUGUUAAUAAAUUGUUAAAAACAUCAAA